CCGGAGGGCGCGGGGUGUGAGGCGAGGGGCGGCCGGCGCGGUGGGCGCGCUCCGGGAGGCCGCGGCCCCGCUCACCGGGCGGCGGCGGGAGAGAGGCCGGGCAGGUCGCGGUGUUUGGGUGCGGAAUUGCUCAAUAGCGGCGGCGGAGGGUGCCCAGGCCGGCCCGGCCGCUGUCGGGGCUCCGGAGGGCUCGGGCGGUCGCGGCCCCUCGGCCCCGCCGUGGCGGCUCCGCGGGUGCCCCGAGCUGAGGCGCGGCUGUGGCCAGGCCCAGAUCAGGACCUAAAUUCUGCCCCGGUGCUCCCUUCCCCUCGGGGCGGGGUGGCACAAGGUGUUGGCACCCGGGGCACGGCAGGCGCAGGUGUCUGUGAGGUGUGUGCCCGGAGCGAUGGCGACAGAGUCCCCGCGCCGCCCCAGCCGCUGCACUGGAGGAGUGCUGGUUCGCCCUCAGGCUGCCACGGAACAGUCAUACAUGGAAAGUGUUGUUACCUUCCUCCAAGAUGUUGUGCCACAGGCCUACAGUGGAACCCCACCAGAAGAAAAAGAGAAAAUUGUCUGGGUCAGAUUUGAAAAUGCAGAUUUAAAUGACACCUCCAGGAAUAUGGAAUUCCAUGAAAUCCACAGCACUGGGAAUGAGCCCCCGCUGCUGCUGCUGAUCGGGUACAGCGAUGGGAUGCAAGUCUGGAGCAUUCCUAUCAGUGGGGAGGCUCAGGAGCUGUUCUCGGUGCGCCACGGGCCGGUUCGGGCCGCGCGGAUCCUCCCGGCUCCUCAGAUCAGUGCUCAGAAAUGUGAUAAUUUUGCUGAGAAGCGGCCUCUGCUUGGUGUGUGCAAAAGCAUUGGAUCUUCUGGCACCAGCCCACCCUACUGCUGUGUGGAUCUGUAUUCCCUGAGAACAGGAGAGAUGGUCAAGUCCAUCCAGUUCAAAACUCCGAUUUAUGACCUGCAUUGCAAUAAAAGGAUCCUCGUUGUGGUCCUGCAGGAGAAAAUCGCCGCCUUUGACAGCUGCACUUUCACCAAAAAAUUCUUCGUCACCAGCUGCUAUCCUUGUCCAGGGCCAAACAUGAAUCCUAUUGCCCUUGGAAGCCGCUGGCUUGCUUAUGCAGAAAAUAAGCUGAUCCGAUGCCAUCAGUCCCGUGGUGGAGCCUGUGGAGACAACAUUCAGUCUUACACUGCCACAGUCAUUAGUGCUGCCAAAACAAUAAAGACUGGGCUGACCAUGGUGGGGAAGGUGGUGACGCAGCUGACGGGGACGCUGCCGUCGGGGGCCACCGAGGAGGAGAUCCUGGCUCACAGCAACCUCCGCAGGAGUCCCCUGGUGCCUGGCAUUGUCACCAUCAUCGACACCGACACGGUGGCAGAGGGACAGGUGCUGGUGAGCGAGGACUCGGACAGCGAUGGCAUCGUGGCCCAUUUCCCUGCCCACGAGAAGCCCAUCUGCUGCAUGGCCUUCAACCCCAGCGGGAUGUUGCUGGUCACCACUGACACAUUAGGCCACGAUUUCCAUGUUUUUCAAAUCCUGACACAUCCGUGGUCAUCAUCACAAAGUGCCGUCCAUCAUUUGUACACACUGCACAGGGGAGAGACCGAAGCCAAAGUGCAGGACAUCUCCUUCAGCCACGACUGCCGCUGGGUGGUGGUCAGCACGCUGCGGGGCACCUCGCACGUGUUCCCCAUCAACCCGUACGGGGGCCAGCCCUGUGUCAGGACACACAUGUCCCCACGCGUGGUCAAUCGCAUGAGCCGCUUCCAGAAGAGCGCGGGGCUGGAGGAGAUCGAGCAGGAGCUGACGUCCAAGCAGGGAGGACGCUGCAGCCCCGUGCCCGGCCUGUCCAGCAGCCCCUCUGGCUCACCUCUCCAUGGUAAAUUGAACAGCCAAGACACUUACAAUAACUUCACAAACAACAAUCCUGGGAAUCCUCGACUCCUGCCUCUCCCAAGUUUGACUGUGGUGUUGCCUCUUGCUCAAAUCAAGCAGCCAAUGACAUUAGGGACCAUCACCAAACGCACGGGCAAAUCCAAACCAGCUCCGCAGAUUUCACCCAGUAAAUCUGUGGGAGGGGAGUUCUGUGUGGCUGCAGUGUUUGGAGCUUCAAGGUCGUGGUUUGCAAACAAUUCCGGUCUCAAACGAGAAAAAGAUCAGUCCAAGCAGUUUGUGGUGGAGUCUCUGUACAUCAUCAGCUGCUACGGGAGCCUGGUGGAGCACGUCCUGGAGCCGCGGCCGCUCAGCACCGCGCCCAAGAUCAGCGACGACACCCCCCUGGAGAUGGGCACCUGCCCCAGGGCCAGCUGGACCCUGGUUAGAACUCCUCAGUGGAAUGAACUCCAACCACCAUUUAAUGCAAACCAUCCACUGCUCCUGGCUGCAGAUGCUGUGCAGUACUACCAGUAUCUUCUGGCUGGCUUGGUGCCACCAGGGAGCCCUGGGCCCAUCACCCGGCACGAGUCCUACGACAGCCUGGCCUCCGACCACAGCGGGCAGGAGGAUGAGGAGUGGCUGUCACAGGUGGAAAUCGUGACCCACACGGGGCCUCACCGCCGCCUGUGGAUGGGCCCUCAGUUCCAGUUCAAAACCAUCCACCCCUCGGGCCAGACCACCGUCAUCUCCUCCAGCUCCUCGGUGCUGCAGUCGCACGGGCCCAGCGACACCCCGCAGCCCCUCCUGGACUUCGACACGGACGACCUCGACCUCAACAGCCUCAGGAUCCAGCCGGUGCGCUCGGAGCCCGUCAGCAUGCCGGGGUCACCGCGGCCCGCCGCCGACCGCCGCGGCGUCUCCACCGUCAUCGACGCCACCUCAGGUGCCUUCGACCGGAGCGUGACGCUGCUGGAGGUGUGCGGGAGCUGGCCCGAGAGCUUCGGCCUGCGGCACCUGUCGGGCGAGCACGGCGAGGAGGGGCUGCGCGAGCGCCUGGCCGACGCCAUGUGCGAGUCCCCCAGCAGGGACAUGGUGGGAUCAGGCACAGACACAGCCCGUGAAGUAGCAGUAAAAAACAUCACCACAAAGAGGCACAUGGCUUUGAAAUGUUUUGAGCUGCAGCGAGAGGGAAGCAUAGAGACGCUCAGUAACAGCUCGGGCUCCACCAGCGGCAGCAUCCCCCGCAACUUCGACGGCUACCGCUCGCCGCUGCCCACCAACGAGAACCAGCCCCUGAGCCUGUUCCCCACGGGCUUCCCCUGAGGGGGACACCCUCCCAGACAAUCCCGCUGUGUCUGUCACCUGCCAGCUCCCGGGAGGGCUCUCCUUACCCCCAUGGAUUCUGACAGCUCUUGAACCUUCCUGGAACGCACCCACGGCAUCCUGACUCUGUGCUCCUGCUCAACGCCAAGAGGCUCCAUCUUCAGUCCUUCUUUUCUCGCUGUCUUCAGGAAGAGGUUGGGUGAGGAGAAAUAUUCCUGAGCCAUCUUGGGCCAAGCACGUGGUUUCACAGCCGUUCUCUGCUUUCCCUGUGCUGGGAGAGGAAUCUCCAUAACUCAGAGGAGCUCUCGCCGUCUGUGGAAGUGCCGAGCAGUCAUGGAUGAACUGGAGAGACUGGAAACUGGAGGACUUUCUGUGGACAGGGUUGAUGAUGUUAUUCCCUCCUUGUUGCAUCUCCUUGCUGCCCUUCUUCCCCUCUGAUACUCGUCGAUGCCAGGAGUAUUACAAAUGGAAAUGUUUCUUUUUUGUUCUUUGGAAGAAUUCUCUCUCUUGCUCCGGUUUUCUUCUAGUCAUGUAUUUUAGAAAUGUACUUAAUUGACUAAUUGCAGUCACGGAUUUCUCAUAUUUGGUUAUAAAAGUUGUUCAUUGGAACUCAGAUAUCUGUCCAGAAAUGCAUGUGUCAUUGAAUAAAUCUAAGUUAAACAAGAAACUGCUUAAAUGGCAAUGUUCAUGGAGUGUUCCUGGGCUGACUGUGGGCUUUGUGUAUCUCCCUGGACCAGACUCUGUGUGUAUUUACUGACUUGAGGGCUUUAAUUAAAGCCAUCAGUGGCUGUUUUGCAGCCAGUCUAGCAUGGUUUUGCCUCCCCAUUUCCUCGUCCUCGCAUGCAUGGACAGGAUUGUUAAAAUCAAGGUAUUUAUUUGCUGUGCCUUGCACCCACUUGGCUCCUCUGAAAACCAGCACCCCACUUUGGUUGGGGCCCUGCUUCUUCAUCCCCCUGCUUCCAGCGGGACAAGGACCAGGUGUGGAGGCAGAGGCACCAUUUCCAUCCACUCUGCUGUAGGAUCAGGAUCAGAGGCUUUGCAGAACAGCCUGAGCCUCUGCACCCUUCUGAACGUGCACAGUCAGAGCUAGCACUGCACAGCCCUGCUGAUAAAACAGUCCUGGGCUCACACAUCGUAACCACACAAAUUCCUACAUCUCAGCCAGCUUGUGUCUACAAGCAGAGUGAGAUGGGACUGUCAGCUUAUGAAAUUUCCUUCCCACUACUUGUUUUUAAUAGAAGCCAUUUGAGUCAUGGCAGGGAGAGGAAACUAUCGAAACCCACAAAUCUUACAGCUCCAGCCAGCCACACCAAGGGAUGCAGAACCAACCACCCUCUUCCUACUCCAUCCCCAAACACCCAGUUCAGUCUUGGGCUUGGUUUGGGUUGGUUUGUUGGGGUUUUUUUUUGCUUUUAACUGUAACACAGCCACUCAGGAGGUUCUGUUUUCUUCAGGCUGGGAAACCGCUAAUAAAAAGCGAGAGUUUACAGCGAUAA